GCUAUCAACCUGGCGUAGUACGACUCCGCUCCAGCAUUAUCACCAAAAAAACCCAUCACGACAACCACCCACCUCGUCCAAACAACCCCUCAACAAGCCCCUCGCAAACAUGUCCUUCUCCGCCCUCCGUCGCGCCGUUGUCGCCCCGGCCUCGUCUGCCGCUCGCGCCUUCAGCACCACCGCGCCUCGCCCUCUGGCCAAGAUCACCAUCAUUGGUAACCUCGCCGACACGCCUGAGCUGCACUCGACCAGCACCGGUCGCGAGAUCGUCCGCUACGCCGUCGCCAGCAACAGCGGACCCCGCGAUAACCGCAAGACCAGCUGGUUCAAGGUCACCAGCUUCUCUGAGGGCCCUAGCCGCGACUACCUCAUGAACUUGCCCAAGGGUGCUACUAUUUACGUCGAGGGCGAUGCCACUGUCAACACUUACACCGACGCUCAAGGCCAGACCCGUACCGGCUUCAGCGUUGUUCAGCGCUCCCUUGAGGUCCUUCGACGCCCCCAGGCUCCUGAGCAGGGCGAGUAAGCGGACUUUGGUUGUUUGUUAAGCAUGGACAAAGUACACUACGCGGCGCAAUGCCUCUCCCCCAUGUUUCUCUCCUCUCUGUAACGGAUGGUCGCUUUUUUCUCUGGAUGUCUUGUAUGGGUUGUAAUGUACGAUGAGGCUUACACGCAACCGUCCGAGAGGCUGUAUGAUACCAUGAUACGAUAAACUUGUUAAACCUG